CAUGGUGUUGGCUGGUGCCAGCUUGGUCUUCGCCAAAUACCUGGGGACAGAUGGGCCAGGGCAGUUCCAGCAAGCGGGGCCGGAUAUGUUCUGUGACUUCAACGGCAAGAAGUACAGCCCGGGAGAGAGUUGGCACCCCUACCUGGAGCCGCAGGGGCUGAUGUACUGCAUCCGCUGCAGCUGCUCCGAGAACGCCAACAUCAGGUGCUACCGGAUCCAGUGCCCAGCUCUGCAAUGCGCCAGCCCUGUCACCGACCCCCAGCAGUGCUGCCCACGGUGUCUCGAGCCACAUUCCCCUUCUGGCCUCCGGGCACCCGUCAAGUCCUGCCAGUACAAUGGGACGACCUACCAGCAAGGCGAGAUGUUCACCACCAGCGAGCUCUUUCCCAGCCGCCAGCCGAAUCAGUGUGUGCAGUGCAGCUGCUCCGAAGGCCAGAUUUACUGCGGCUUGGUGACCUGCCCAGAGCUAUUGUGCUCUUCUCCCCUAGCGACCGCCUGCCAGGUCUGCAAAGAUGGUUCAUACGAGAAGUCCACGGAAGAGGAGCCCCUGCAGUUAAACAGAGGUGUUAGGCACUCACAAGACCAGUGCUUGGGGGAAGCGAUGGGCAGGAAGGCACCCGGAGCCACCGUGUCCACUGUUCUCAGUUCUUCCCUGGAGUUUAUUCCCAGAAGCUUCAAACCCAAGGGAGGAGGUAGCACCACUGUGAAGAUCGUCUUGAAAGAGAAGCACAAGAAAGCUUGUGUUUACAAUGGGAAGACCUACUCCCACGGGGAAGUGUGGCACCCCGUCUUCCGGCUCUACGGCCUUCUGCCCUGCAUCCUCUGCACUUGCAGAGACGGUGUCCAGGACUGCCAGAAGAUCACAUGCCCCAAGGAGUAUCCUUGUGACUCUCCAGAGAAAGUAGAUGGGAAAUGCUGUAAAAUAUGUCCAGAAACCAGAGUCAAACCCACUGAUGAAAUAGUCACCACCCGGUGUGGCAAGAACCCCAACCGUGUCCUGGUGUACAUGUUCGUGCCGCCAAGCUCGGAGACCUCCAAGGAAAUCCUCAGGACGAUUGCGAUUGAGAAGGAGCCCGCGGAAGAGGUGGAAAUCUACAACUGGAAGCUGAUUAAAGGGAUAUUUCAUCUGAUACAGACCAAGAAGAUCAGCAAACAGGAAUUCAAGCAAGAAGCGCAGAACUUCAGGCUGAUUACGAGGACGAACGAAGGUCACUGGAACAUCUUCCGAGCCCAGACGUCAGAGCUGAGGAUGACAGAGAGCCCAGAGAAAGAAACAAAGAGCUUGUAA